GGCAGCCGCCCCUCGCCGGCGACGAGCGCUAGGCGAUGGAUUCCGACUACGGCGUGCCGCGCGAGCUCUCGGAGGUGCAGAAGAAGCGGACCCUCUACCAGCCCGAGCUGCCGCCCUGCCUCCAGGGUACUACUGUGAGGGUGGAGUAUGGUGAUGUUGCGAUCGCUGCUGAUCCUGCCGGCGCUCAUGUGAUCAGCCACGCGUUCCCACACACAUACGGGCAGCCACUGGCUCAUUUCCUCAGGAAGGCGGCUAAUGUCGCUGAUGCUAAAGUCAUAUCAGAGCACCCUGCCGUCAGGGUUGGCAUUGUAUUCUGUGGAAGGCAAUCCCCAGGAGGCCACAAUGUCAUAUGGGGACUCCAUGAUGCUAUCAAAGCUCACAACCCGAAUAGCAAACUUAUUGGUUUCCUCGGAGGAUCCGAUGGUCUUCUCGCACAAAAAACUUUGGAGAUCACAGAUGAAGUUCUUUCUUCCUACAAAAACCAAGGUGGUUAUGAUAUGCUUGGUAGGACUAAGGAUCAAAUCAGAACAACGGAGCAAGUCAAUGGUGCAAUGGCUAGUUGCCAGGCUUUGAAGUUGGAUGCUCUGAUAAUAAUUGGAGGUGUCACUUCAAAUACAGAUGCUGCUCAACUUGCUGAGACUUUUGCUGAGGCAAAGUGUGCAACAAAGGUUGUAGGUGUUCCUGUAACUUUGAAUGGGGAUCUCAAGAACCAAUUUGUUGAGACAACUGUUGGUUUUGAUACCAUAUGCAAGGUGAACUCACAACUUAUAAGCAAUAUGUGCACUGAUGCUCUAUCUGCUGAGAAGUAUUACUAUUUCAUCCGGAUGAUGGGACGGAAGGCUUCCCAUGUGGCAUUGGAGUGUGCUCUUCAAUCGCAUCCAAAUAUGGUUAUCCUUGGUGAGGAGGUUGCUGCAUCAAAACUCACAAUUUUUGAUAUCACAAAGCAAAUAUGUGAUGCAGUUCAGGCGAGAGCUGAAAAAGACAAGAAUCAUGGUGUUAUACUUAUUCCUGAGGGCCUUGUGGAGAGUAUUCCUGAAUUAUAUGCUCUGCUUCAGGAAAUUAAUGGCCUUCACGGUAAAGGUGUUUCCAUUGAGAAUAUCUCUUCUCAGCUUUCUCCUUGGGCAUCUGCGCUAUUUGAGUUUUUGCCCCAGUUUAUUAGGCAGCAGCUGCUUCUCCGCCCUGAAUCUGAUGACUCGGCUCAACUUUCUCAGAUUGAAACUGAAAAGCUUCUAGCCCAAUUGGUUGAAACAGAAAUGAACAAACGCUUGAAGGAAGGCACCUACAAAGGAAAGAAGUUCAAUGCAAUCUGUCACUUUUUUGGCUACCAAGCUAGGGGUGCAAUGCCUUCGAAGUUUGACUGUGAUUAUGCCUAUGUUCUGGGUCACGUGUCUUACCACAUCUUGGCAGCUGGUUUGAACGGUUACAUGGCUACUGUGACAAAUCUUAAGAGUCCCCUGAACAAGUGGCGAUGUGGUGCUGCUCCUAUUUCGUCCAUGAUGACCGUGAAGAGAUGGUCACGUGGCCCUUCAACCACACAAAUCGGGAAGCCAGCUGUGCAUAUGGCUAGUGUCGACUUGAGAGGAAAAGCAUAUGAGUUGUUGAGGCAGAAUUCAUCCAGCUGCUUGUUGGAAGACAUCUACAGAAACCCUGGACCACUCCAAUUCGAAGGACCGGGUUCUGAUUCCAAGCCUAUUUCGCUGUGCGUUGAGGAUCAAGACUACAUGGGCAGGAUCAAGAAAUUGCAGGAGUACUUGGAGAAGGUGAAGAGCAUAGUGAAGCCUGGGUGCUCACAGGAUGUUCUCAAGGCGGCGCUGAGUGCCAUGUCUUCUGUGACAGAUACUCUGGCUAUCAUGACUUCUUCUUCCACUGGCCAGGCCCCACUCUAAGAGGAGUUACUCAGAUCUACAUGUUUCCCUAUCUUUUGUUCCAUCUGACGGUUGGGAUUAGAGAACAGUGAUCUUGUGAUCCUGUGGUUUGUUCUUUUCCUAGUUUGCAGAGAGUUUUUGUCAUUCCUGGCUCUGAUAGUGUACCGAGGGUUUGUUGUUGGCGAGGUUGAACUGGAAUAAUCGAUCAAACUGCCGGUUGUGAUCUAUUAUUAAUAAACUAAAUUUUGAUACA